CGGGCGCCGGAGGAGGCGGGCUGGGGGCUGCCGCCGCCGGGCGCGAGGAUUCAGAAGAACUGAACGCUAAAGAGAAAAUGACAUCCCUAGAAAAAGUUGACUAUGCCUCGUCACCCAUCCGAGGACCUGGAGAUGGCAUGGAAACAGAGCAGACGGCUGAAUCGGUGGAAGCAAGCACUGGAGCCAACGCUACAAACCAUCUCAUCCACCACAGCCCACAGAAAAAGACGGUCUCUUCGCUGAGUCCUGGAGUUCUCCAACUAGGGAAAAUACACGCUGAUAAAUCAGUAGAGAUUGAAGCUAUUCGUAUAUUAGUCCCCAAGGCAGCUAUCACCCACGUUGUUCCAACUAAAAACGCUAAACUAGCUAAAUCAGUGGGACAUAAAGGAGAUACAUUCCAUCAGUCAGAUGGAACUGUAGAUCCCAGGAAAGAACAGACAGAGUUGAAAAAUGCACUUGAAAAGCUAAAGAAUUCAGAAAAGCGGUUGUUACAGGAUAAAGAAGGUCUCUCUAAUCAGCUUCGUAUACAGACAGAGGUGAAUCGGGAGCUGAAGAAAUUACUUGUCGCUUCUGUUGGGGAUGACCUGCAGUAUCACUUUGAACGGAUGGCUCGUGAGAAAAAUCAGCUUAUCCUAGAAAACGAAGUCUUGGGCCGGAAUAUGUCUCAGUUGUCUGAACAAUUGGAGCGCAUGUCUAUACAGUGCGAUGUGUGGCGAAGUAAAUUCCUAGCAAGCAGGGUUAUGGCUGAUGAGCUAACCAAUACCAGAGCAAUUCUUCAGCGUCAAACGCGGGAUGCCCAGAGUGCAAUCCAGGAUCUGUUGAAUGAACGGGAUCAGUUCCGUCAAGAAAUGAUUGAGACACAGAAGCUGCUGGAGGAGCUGAUGGUUUCUCUUCAGUGGGGGAGACAGCAGACAUACUACCCCAGUGCCCAACCAUACACUACAACAGAGCUAGCAACUGUGAACUGUAAGCUAGCCAAAGCUGUAAGCUCACAUCUUCUUGGAAAUGUUGGAACUAGCAGUCCAAAAAAGACUUCACCAGCGGUGGAGUUUUGCAAUACCCCUGCUGAGAAAAUGGCUGAAAGGGUUUUACGUGUACUGGAUCCAGCUGCCUGUACAGAAGCAUCAGCAGAAGCUUCCUUUUCUGAGACUUCCCCAUCUUCCUUCCUUUCCACAAAGAAGAAUAUUGGAAGGUUUCACCCUUAUACAAGAUACGAAGAUAUAACUUUCAAUUGUUGCAAUCACUGUCAAGGAGAGCUGGUAGCCCUUUAAAAGCACAGCAAAUGCAACUGCACAUGCACUCUUUCUGAAGAAUUACACUAGUUGAUGUUCAGCAGGCUUCCCUUUUUCCUGUUUCUUUCCGUAGGGGCGCAUUUAAAAUUGGAAAUCCUGCAGUUUCUGCUUCUCUACCACUUGAAGUCAGGGACUGACAGGACUUCCUUAGCCUGUGGGAUACUUCUACUAUUUUUCGGUCUGAGAAGCUACUUAAUUCCUUCUACAAAGGCAAGACCAAAAAUGUUAUGCUGGUCCAAGUUGUAGAGCAUAGAGAUCCCCUUGAUUAGUUGAGGUUUACAGUCUUAUUAACAAAUCUUAAUGAAUCUCUCUUUAGAGGGAGACAAAAGCAUAAGCUAUACCAAAGGAAAUAAAGUACUAUAUGUUAAGAAAAUAAAAAUAUAAAAAUCAAAAGACAAUGGAAUAUAGUCAGCUGCAUGUUUUUUAAUAUUAUUCAAGGAGAGGAACUGUCCUCAAGUCUAUGUUCAGCCUUUUAAAUUUAGUAAUAUAAACACUAUAAAGGAGUGUGUGCAAUAAGUCUUUACAGCUCUAAGCUCUGAAAGAGCAUAUGCAUAAUUGCUGCCCUCCUGGUAUGGAGAAGGGGAAAAGAGCUUGGAUGAACUCUGCAAUAUAUAAAAAGGACCUGGCUUUAAAUGGAUUCUAGAAACUGGGUGGGGGGGUGAUAUUCUUGUAUUUCCACAAAGCUAAAAUGAUGCCUUUUCCAUCUAUUUCAGCUUCCAGAGCCAAGCUGUUAGGUAGCUGAUCCUCAGCGAAGUCUGAUAUACCUCCUUUAGUACACAGUGCUGAAACCUGACCUAGCAUUAAGAACUUAGUCCUUGCCCAAAGUCUUUCUGGGUGUUACGGGAGGCUGAUGGUAAGCACUAAGUUUGCAUAAGUACUAGUAAAAAAAAAUAUUUUUUUACCUUUAUCAUUAUAUUUUCUUGAUGUUGGUUCAAAAAAAUACUCCAGCAGAUGAUCUGCUGAAUCCAAAGAAGCCUAUUUAAUUUAAGUUGCAAAUGUAGAGGAAGGUUAGGAGGAUGCAAAUACACAUUUUGAUUUGUUUUCAGCCCCAGUUAUCAUACGUAGCUCUCUAGUUUAGAGAAAGGUUUCUACAUUGGCUGCCUUCACCCAGUUUUUCUUUAAAUCUCAUACCAUGUUCAGAGUAUAUAAGUUACAAAUUCUUGCUGUUUCUGGCCAUGCUUUGGGUUGCAUGAAGAAAACUACAAUAAACUUUCUUUGCUUA